AUGGAAGAUUAUUGUAGUAUGCCGAAUAGGCAUAGUUUUACCCCACGGAGCUGUUGGGAUUGGUGUUGUCUGUGCUCUGCAUAUUUAGUUCCGCUAUUUUUAUUAUUACUCAUUCUGGGAUUAGCGGUUACUUUUAAUGUUUAUUUUAUUCUCUUAUGUGUCUGGUAUCAUAACGAUUGGCGUAUUGCUGUCUCUCUUAUUUGUCUUAUCAUUGGUGAUGCCUGUGCAGCCGUAUUACUGUGGGCUUUCUAUGCUGUUGUGAAUACAUCUGCAGGAUAUGUAUUGGAUGAAUCGUGGCGAUAUCCCCCAAUUUAUAUUGGUGAUUCCACAGUAUAUCAACCUCCUAGGAGUGAAAAUAAUGAUAAUAAUAAUAAUACUACGACUAGCAUGAAUGGAAAUGAAAACAGUGUUCAUUCGCCUCCUAUGAGUAUGGAUGUGGAUAAUAAUAAUAAUAAUAAUAAUAAUAAUAAUAAUAAUCAUAUUAAUAAUAGUAUUAAUGAUGGGACUUCUUGUAGUGUUAAUAUUGAAGGAGGAAAUCCAAACACUGUUAGAAUGUUAGAUCGUAAUAACAAAUUACGUUAUUGCGAGAUCUGUCGUCAAUAUAAACCAGACCGGGCAUAUCACUGCGAGGUAUGUGAACGCUGCACCUACAACUUUGAUCAUCACUGUCCAGUAAUGAACAAUUGCAUUGGACGUGAUAACUAUAAAAUGUUUCUUCUCUUCCUCCUCUAUGUUCCUUUAGCCGGAUUUGUCGAUGGUGGUCUUGAGUUGUUGGCUGUAUUCGUUAUUGAAAAGGGAGAUGUCUCGAUGGCGUGGAUGAUGGUCGGCAUCGUCACUUGUAUGAUGGGCCUCUCCACACUUUUCUUCGGCCUCGCGCAUCUCUGGUGGCUCUGCCACGGCCAGUCCACCAUGUCGAGGCACAUCGCCGCCCGGGUGCGGGUGCGCAGAGUGAAUGGGAACCGAACAGUCAUGAGAGACGAGCGGCAGAGUGAAGAGGAGCGGCGGGAGGAAGUGCGUCGACAUUGGGACGCCGUUCUCGGCACAGACAGACGCUGGUGGCGGGUGAUCCUGCCAUUCCCCCCAACACGCGAUGGGUGUGAGGAGUGA